GAUAGAUAGAUAGAUAGAUAGAUAGAUAGAUAGAUAGAUACGACAGAGGCGCUAAAACUCCCGAAGAUGGCAACAACUGCCGUUAAAAAAAAACAGCGAAGAAGAAGUCAGGCUGCUAACUGUAGCCGCUAGCUCAGUUUCAUCACAACAUUAAUCGUUGACAGGUCUGAAGGCGAGACUACGGUGUGAUGCGAGCUCCUCUGCGCUGGGUGCUAUGGGACGUGAAAGACACCCUGCUGAAGGUGCGUGCAUCUGUGGGACAGCAGUACUGCAAGGAGGCUGAGCGGGUGGGCUUGAACCUCAGUCCUGUGGAGGUCGAAGCUGCUUUCCGCCAGGCAUACCGACAUUAUUCCAGCAGAUACCCAAACUAUGGCAUCAGUCAGGGCCUGGACGGACGGUCUUGGUGGAUGGGGGUGGUGCGGGACAGUUUCACCCAGUGCAGGGUACAGGACCCAGCCCUGCUCAAUACGAUGGCUCACAACCUUUAUCAUAACUUCUGCAAGGCAGAGAACUGGGAGGUGUUUUCAGACUCAAAGAAGGCCCUGGAGAGUUGCUCUUCUCUAGGACUGAAGCUGGGUGUCGUAUCAAACUUUGACAGUCGCCUAAAAGAGAUUUUACGAGCUUGUGACCUGCUGUCUCACUUCAGCUUUUUAUUAACAUCAGAGGAAGCAGGUGUAGCGAAGCCAAGUCCAGCCAUCUUUGAACAGGCCCUGCAGAAAUGUGGAGUACCAGCUGCCAGUGUGGCUCAUGUCGGGGACCAUUAUGUGAAAGAUUACCUCGCCUCUCGCUCUGUGGGCAUCCGCGGGUUCCUGUUAGACAGAGACAACAAGCACGACCAAGAUGACGUUCCUCGAGAGCAUCGGCUGAGCUCCCUGGAGGAGCUGCCGUCACAGCUUCAGCAACACGUGGACUGAUGCCAAACAGUCAUGGGAUCAAGUGCAAAGCUACUCAGCCGAACUGUGCUUCAGUUAAGUAACUAAUUUUUGGGACAUGGCCAUGUUGACCCGAAUGGCCUCAAUCACAUCAGAGCUCAAAUGAAAUGCUCCUUAAUAAUUAUAUAGAGAAUAAAAUCAUGUAUUAUAAUAUAAAAACGGUAUGCAGAGUGUAUAAUAUUCAUGCACUUUUACUGUAAAUAACUUGGGAGUAAUAAAUAUCAAUUAAUUGUA